AUGGAGGCCGGUGGUGCUUAUGGUGGUGGCAAAGCUGGUGGAGCCUUCGAUCCCCAGGCUUUUGUUCAAAGACCUCCCGUAAUUGUUCGCUCCGUUUGUUGGUUGUUCAGUGUGAUUGUAAUGGGCUGUAUAUCUGCCAAGGGCUGGUACAUCAGCAAAACAGACGGCAAAGAAUACUGUGUGUACAACGAUGAUACAAAUGCUUGCAAUUAUGGAGUCGGAAUCUCAGUUAUAGCAUUUGUUGCAUCUAUAGCUUUCAUUGUCGGGGAAUACUUGUUUGAACAAAUGUCAUCUGUGAAGACGAGGAAGCAUUAUGUUCUUGCCGAUAUGGGAUUUUCUGCGUUCUGGGCGUUUCUAUACUUCGUGGGCUUCUGUUAUUUAUCCAACGCCUGGGGCAAGACUGAGAAUCCACCGAUGGGUACAGCCAACAACAUGCAGGGAGCCAUCGCCUUCUGUUUCUUCUCGAUAUUUGCUUGGGUAGCGUGUGCGUUCUUCGCAUUCCAACGUUUCCGUAUGGGUGCUGACGCGGCCUUCGCCCCAGCAUAUGAAGUGGAAGGCGCCGGUAGUCCGGGAACCUUCCCCGCCUACCCCGGGGCUCCGGACCCACAGCCCGCGUACAGCGACCCACCCUUCCAACAACAACACACCGGCAACAUGGACUACACCGCACCUACAUACUGA